CUCGAAUCUCUGAACAAAAAAAGAAAAACAGAAGGGGGAAUCCAGUUAAGUCCAGCUUUGAGUUGAGUCCCUCCCUAAAACACAACCAACUACCCCUAGUUUUUCCCACUUUCCCAAACUCCCAGCAACAUCUUCCUCAUCCCUCUUUCUUCCACUUUCAGACUGAGCACUCUCUGUAGCUCUCCAUUUUUAUUAAAUAUAGUUUUUUUCGAAAAUCCCUAGCCCCAGGAUGGCCGGAGGUUCUCAUCCCAAGGGCCCACCCCACAAGCCAUCUUCUUCCUCCUCCGCCUCUAGCCGCAAAUCUCGCUGGGAAUCUUCCCCCAACCCCGCUGCCGCCGCCACCGCCAUCACCACCAAAAACAAUCCAUCCGACCCCAAACCUGCGAAGCCCAACUCCGGCCCAUCCCCAAAACCCGGCGCAACCUCAACUCCGUCCCAUCCCAAGCACCCGCCAUCUCCGUUUCCCUUCCCCGACCCGGCCGCUUUCGGCCCACCCCCUCCCCCAGUCUACGGCUUCCACAUGCUCGAGCGCCGAACUUUCGUUCUCGCCGACGGCAGCGUUCGGUCCUACUUCGCUCUCCCGCCCGAUUAUCAAGAAUUCCCUCCGCCCAUGGACCCGUCCGGCCGGUUCUUGCCGUUUGGGCCUGGUGGACCGCCCGGGCCUGGCCCGGAUUACUGGAACUCGCUCGGGCUAGAUGGGCGUGGCCCCGCAGAGGGGCCCGCAAAGAGAAAGUACGCCGAAGAAGAGGACCAGAGGGAUAAAGCAGGGGAAUUUGGGAUGCGCCGGCCGCAGUUUAUGCAGCAUGCCAAUCCAAAUGGGUUUCCGGUGGGUCCUGGUAGCCGGGGAGAGUUUUUGGCGGAAACGAGUAGCCCGUUUCGGCGGGAGGCGGCGGACCAAGGCCGCGGUGGCGAGGGGGCGAGGGCUAACAAGUACAUGAGGAUUGGUGGUGGGGGUUAUGAGAGUGCGGGAUUUAGGCAAGGUGGUGGUGGUGGUGGUGAGAAUGUGGUUCAUAAGCAUGUUCAAGUUGAUCAGAGUGCGUUGAAGAAGGCGUUUCUUAAUUACGUGAAGCUGAUUCAUGAGAAUACGCAACAGAGGAAGAUUUACUUGGAGGAUGGGAAGAAUGGGCGUCUGCAUUGUCUUGCUUGUGCCAGGUCUUCUAAAGAUUUUCCGGAUAUGCAUAGUCUCAUCAUGCACAGUUACAACUCUGAUAAUGCUGACUUGCGUGUGGAUCACUUGGGCUUACACAAGGCUUUGUGUGUUCUGAUGGGGUGGGACUACUUGAAGCCUCCUGAUAACUCAAAGGCGUAUCAAUUUCUUUCUGCUGAAGAAGCAGCAGCAAAUGUGGAUGAUCUGAUUAUGUGGCCACCUGUGGUGAUAAUUCAUAAUACAGUUACGGGAAAGAGUAAAGAUGGCCGCAUGGAGGGUUUGGGCAAUAAAGCAAUGGAUAGUAUUAUUAGAGAUCUUGGAUUUGGGAGUGGCAAGUCAAAAUCCUUGUACGGUAGAGAUGGUCAUUUGGGUAUGACUCUGGUUAAGUUUUCGGGUGACGAAGCAGGCCUUAAGGAGGCCAUGCGCAUGGCAGAAUUCUUCGUUAAGGACAAUCAUGGACGUAGGGCUUGGGCUCGUGUACAGCCCCCAACGCUGGGCAGUAAGGAUGACGAGAACAAUCCAUACCUUGUGAAGUUGGAUGAAAAGACGCGGGAGAAAAAGAGGAUCCUGUAUGGCUAUCUCGGAACUGCUUAUGACCUUGACAAGGUUGAUUUUGACACAAGAAAGAAAGUUGCGAUUGAAAGCCUAAGGGAAAACAAAUCAACCAAGUAGAUUCCUGUUGGCAUUUAAGCAUUCUCUAGUGCCGUGCGGCGGCAGAGUCCCUUGGGAUGCCUGCCUAUUAUUCUUGGAAGUGUAAUGGCCUGUCUUGGUUGGUAAACAGCUUUUUCCUGCUACAGCUUUGCUGUAUUCAGACACAAGAAGAGAAUUCAAAUUAGGAAGAAAAAAAAUUUAGAGUGCUUGUAUUUUUUUUUGAACAACUUGUCUGACAAUUGCAGCAAAUAAUUGUUUAAUAAUUAACUUGAAUGAGCCUAUUGGAAGUUCAAUUCACCAGGACUCGAUUUAUUU